GUUGUAUCAGUCGUUGGUAGCUUGUUCUGGAAGUGAGUGCAGCAACGUGGUUGAAAGGUGCCGUGUGGAUUUGCAGAGCUUCAGUUUCCAAAAAAGAAAUACAUUUGUCAAGCAAUGACCGAAUCAGACUCGACGUCCGCCCCUGCGGGCAAAAAUCUGCUGUCUCUGGACCCAGCGCAGGAGACUGAAUUUCGGAAGAAAGUGCAAGAAGUGAAGAAAAAACGACCAAAGAAGUAUGAGAAAUUGACACCUGGCGUGAUUUACCUGGGUCACAUCCCACAGGGUUUUUUCGAGCCGCAGAUCCGGAUUUACUUCAGCCAGUUCGGAAGCGUGAGAAGGGUCCGGCUGUCCCGGAGUAAAAAGACUGGUCGCAGUAAAGGCUAUGCGUUCGUGGAGUUUGAGUGUGAUGAAGUAGCAAAGAUCGUGGCAGAUACCAUGAACAACUACCUCCUCGCUGAACGACUCCUCAAAUGUUGUUUUAUCCCCCCUGAGAAGGUGAAUCCAAAGCUUUUCAUUGGAAGUCAAACCCAGUUUAAGAAGCCUUCCUUCCCGGCUGUUAAACGCUACAACAAGAAACGAAGUGUCCAGGAGAGAAGAAAAAUGACAAGCAAGCUUUUACACAAAGAAACACAUUUACGCAAAAGGCUGGCACAGAAAGGAAUAGACUACGACUUCCCUGGAUUUGCUGCACAGGUACCUAAAAAGAAGGCGGCUGACAUGAACACAUCCGUCGGCAGUCAGGAUCUUACUCCAGUCUGCACACCCACUGUAAUAGAGCGCAGGAAAUCAAUGAAAAUUGAAGAAGGCGAGGAGGACAGUGACACUGAAAUCGUCAUUAAAGGCAUGCCUGCCCCAAAGAAAUCAAAAAACAAAAAGAAAGCGAAGUCAUCCUGAACAAACUAAACCAGAACAGCAUAAAAACAGACUGCCUGCUAGGAAAUGAGAUUUCAAUGACAUACUAAUUUGGACCCAUUUUCAGCAGCACUCGCUGCUUUUUUGAAACAAACAAAAAGUAAAUCCCUUUGUAUAGAAAUGCUAGAUGUUGCCUCACCAGGGGGAUGUGAUGUGGUGUUCUGUGCAUUGAGAAAGGACAGCUGGCUUUAACCUUGGGUCACCCUGAAAAUGCAUUGGAGUUUGCAGACAGGGUGUAAAAUACUUUACAAGUGCAGCAGUUCCUGUGAGCUGGAUUUGUUGAGUGUGUUAUUUUUUUGUUUUUUUUAAUUGAGCCAUUUUCCUGUGUCUGAUGCAAAUUCUCUUCUUUCUGUGGAGAUGUGAUGCAGGACAUGAGGUGAAUACAGCCUCUAAAUCAAUUGGAGAAUCUGUUGAGUUAUUUAAAUAGAAAAACCCAUUUUACUGGAGGUGGGAUGAUGCAAGCAAAAUGUGUCCCUCCCCCACUCCCUGGCUCCCGCUCCAAAAAUGUUGAAAUAACAUAAUUUUGUUAGUCAAGUGUAUUUAAAGGGAAUUGUUUUUCUUUUGUUUGUUUGUUUUUGUCUCUCAUCCGACAUUUUACUUGUAUUCUGGUAUGUAAAGGGUACGUUAUGUAAGAUACAGAUAUCAUAUUAAAGCAAGCAGAGAGAGUACAAAUAAAUAAUCUCAUAGUCACAACGUCACUUAACGCAGUCUCCUGGCAGCUAGCGAAUCACUCAGAAUCUCCUGAGCGUCCAACCCAUUUCCAGACACUGCUAAUGUUGUCUUCUCCCUCCCUUAGCACUAUACAGAUGGUUUUUAUGUAAUCCUCUUCAGGAUUUUAUUACAAGCUUGGUUAGCCUAAGUGUACAGGUAACAAGCUCGGGUGUCUCUUAUUAAACUUGUAUUAAAACCAGGAAUGGAUCAAGCGGC